AUGCUCUCAAUUCUUUGCGCUCUUGCACUCACGGCUCUCUCCGCCACCUCUGUGCAGGCGCACGGCUACGUCCAAGACGUCGCCGUGGGGUCCACUCACUACACUGGCUACCUGCCGUACUCUGACCCAUACACAAGUCCCACUCCCCAGAGGAUCAUUCGCCCCAUCCCCGGAAAUGGCCCGGUUACCGAUGUUUCACUGAUCGACAUCCAGUGCAAUGGUUACACCGAUGGCGGCGCGCCUGGCUCGUCCCCGGCUCCAAUCUAUGCCACCGUAGCGGCGGGAUCCCAGAUGGCUCUCAAUUGGACGACUUGGCCAGAUUCGCAUAAGGGCCCUAUUAUCACAUACAUGGCCCGCGCGCCGAGCGACGUCACGCAGUGGAAGCCCGGCACUUCCGCCGUGUGGUUCAAGGUGGCUGAGGCCGGCAAGACGGCAAGCGGGCUCUGGGCGGCGACCGACCUGCUCACGGCCUCGAAGUCGAUUUACACAUUCACGAUUCCGCCGAAGCUCCAGGCGGGGCAGUACCUGAUCCGGCACGAGAUCAUCGCGCUCCACGCGGCGUACACGUACCCGGGCGCGCAGUUCUACCCGUCGUGCAUUCAAGUGAAGGUCACUGGUUCGGGCACGGCGCUGCCGACGAGCGGACUGGUGUCCUUCCCGGGCGCGUACACCGCGACGACUCCUGGAAUUGCGUACGACGUCUACUCGAACACGAGUGCAUACCCGAUCCCUGGUCCGGCUGUCUGGACUGGUGGAAAUUAG